AUGGCACUCUCCUUUAUUGCAGCCCAGUGGGAUUCCCUCCUCCAACGCCAACCUUUCCUCGUCUACAUAACAACAUGGACGAUGCUCAUAACAUCAACAGUCGCUGUGGUUUCCUUCUCACCCGAGGUUGCAUUCACGGUGGCGGUAUCUCUUCCCUCGCCUUUUGCAAGCGAAUGCAUGCCUGGUUAUGUGAGAUUGCCUUUGGAUGGACCGGCGAUGGAGGUGGUGUGCUUGCCUGCACUGUUUUUUGGGCAGUCGAAGCUUGAUCUUGUUGUUCCUCCUCUGUUUGCCGCGGUGGUUGUUGCUGCGUCGGUUUGUUUUGUUCGGUCGGUUGGGUUGUGGGAGGUGGAUGAGGAUGUUGAGAGUUGAAUAGACAGAGAUUCAAAUUUGGGGUUGUUUGGUAUGCUGGAUUUGUAAGAACAACGGAUAUUGCAUGCAGGAAAUUACGCUCAAAUCUGCCGCUUGGACAUGCAGCAGCACGGAUUUUUAUCAACCAAACAAUACUUUUUUUUUCUUGUC